GGAGAAUCGAAAAAGAAAAAGAGAACCAAAUCGAGCUCUCGGGAUCGAGUAUACGAAGACGGGUCUCCAUCGGACUCAACACCCCGUACAAAACUAAAUGUAGAAGAUUUGGAUCUUGAAAAGUCCUAUGUGGGCAUAGUUGAUGUUUGUUCCAUGGCCGAACGCCCUGAGAAACCGCGGAGGUGGAAGCAUCGUGGACCGGACCCAUUGACAGAUGAACUGAGGCUACCCAAAGGAUGGACUUCAGAAGAGCCCGACCUUGACAUAAAUGACAUUGAUGCUCAAAUCACCCGUUGUCUGGAGAGGUUAGAGGACAAUAUUAUGCCUCAUAUCUUUCAGAGACGAUUAGAAGACUAUCGAGAAGCGCAGGCCCUUUUCCGGGAAAAAACGGUUGGAGAGCAAGAGGGCCUGAGUUGGAAAGUAAUUGAGCGAAUCACCGUCCUCAAGGACCUUGAGGAUUGUCUACAAAAGGAAGAUCAAUAUGAGCAACUGUCCAAUGUUCAAGCGAUAUUGAACGCAUACAGGUCGCAAACACUAGAUUGGACCGGACUUGUUACAUACUGGUCGAAAGGAGCUCAGCUUUGCGAGCCCCGGCCUUUUGACUGGGAUGAAUUUGAAGCAAUUAAUCAGAAACACGAUGGCUAUAAGGACUUUUGGGUCGAAGGGAACCAAAUACCUGGUCCUGAAGGCAGGCUAGCGAUGAUUACAGUCGAGGAGAGGCUCCGAGUCAACAACCGUCGCACUGGUAUCAAUGUGUGGUACUAUCCACAGUAUCAAACAGCCUUCCGUCUUCCACACUACGAUUGGUGGGAUGAGCUCGAGGUUAUUCAUGACACUGGCUGUAGUAACUUGCGAUUUUUCCAGAACGAUAUAUCAAUAAUUGCAGGGCCUCAUCGCUCGGGCGGGGAUAUACCGAAAGUGAUGACCUUAGGAAUGAUUACUGGUGUUGUCGCUAAUGGUCAACUGGUUCACGAACCGGCUGUGGAGGUUGAAGCAGUGAUACUUAGCAAUCGAAGACGUAGAAUGGGGCCAUGGGUCAGAGUCCAAGCAGUGUUAUCCCCCGGACGCUAUAUACCAGGUCAAAACUACAGGCUCGAUGGGAGAUGGCUAAGAACCAACUAUUAUACCGCAUCUGCGCCGGAUGGAACUCACCGACUGUACAUUGCUAGCAGGAAAUGCGAUCUUACGAUACCUAAGGUCGGGUUUGAGCAAAGAGAAGUCCUUGUGAGAAACAGCCCAUUGGCUUCGGUAACAACUUCUGUUGGGAGUGCGAUCCAGAUGUCAUCUCCAGAACUGGCUUUGCAGGGGGCAGCGCCCAGGGCGUGGCCCAAGGGGGGGCAUCGGGUGCCUGAUUAG